AGUGGACUUAUUUUAUUGGGCUUUUAAUGUUUAUGAACGGGAGACGAACGCGUUUCCGCUUCUCUUUUCGUUGGAGCUGCGAGUCUUCAAAAGAAUACACACGAGGAAGAAAGAGGAGGAAAACCUGAAAAUGGAAGACGCUAAUUUUCCUGUGCGCCAUAGAAAGUUUCAAUUAGAAAGUAAGGGAAACAAGACAGAGAUUGUGAUCUGCAGCUAUGAAGAUCAUAUACUUGUCAUAGCAACACAGAUUGGAGCCAUGGGAACUAUAUUGCACGCUAGGAAGGAAGAAGGGAUGACUGUUGAACCGACAUUUAGUGUCUCGGUGAUAUUCGGAAAGCGUGAUGAGCCAACACUGAUAGCAACUGCUCGAAGACUCAUUGACCACAUAAGUUCUUUCGUUCCCUCGAAGCCUCUGGUUCUCUCACUUGGUCUCAAAGAUCAUUCUCCGGAGACGUUGAAGGAAAUAGUAGCGGCUGUGAUAGAGAAUCGCCUUUGGUAGUACAUUUUUAUGAUCCAAAUGAAAGGAUAAACGAGAAGAUGUUUUGUGUUUUCUUUUUGGCUGAUAUUAUUAGUAAGAAUUUUUUUCUUUUAAAGUUUGAUAGACCUUCAUAAAAGACCUUGUUUCGAUAUAAAAAGUUAUGUCAUAUGAACUCUUCAGUUUUUUCUUCCACAAUUUUUUUUUGGGAGAAAAACUAGAAUGACUCAAAUUAAUGGUGUUAUUACUAGAAUGACUCAUAUUUUUUUCAGAA